UGGAAGGAUGGGAUGGAAGGAAGUGGUAGUGAUGGUGUUGGUAUCAGCGGCUUUUGCGGUGGGCAAUGUAAUGGUGAAGAAAGCGAUUGAUGGAGGGAUGAAUCAUCUGGUUCUGAUUAUGUUUAGGCAGCUUGUUGCUACUUUGUUGAUGGCUCCUGUGGCCUAUGUGCGCGAGCGCAAGGCUGUGUUGAAGCUCACCACUGCGAUAGUUAUGCAUAUCUUUCUUAGCGCUCUGCUUGGCGUCUCCCUCACCCAAUAUUUAUUCUAUCUGGGACUACAAUGCACUUCAACAACCUUCGCCUGUGCCUUCCUCAACAUGGUUCCUGUCAUGACUUUUCUCAUAGCCCUGCCAUUCAGACUUGAGAGAGUGGAUCUGAAGAUAAAAAGUGGGAAGAUGAAGAUACUGGGAGCCACAGUAUGCGUAGCAGGCGCAAUGCUACUAACACUAUACAAGGGAACGGCCCUAACAAGCCCUCCGGACAACUUCAAAUCCUCCCAGCAACAAGAAGAGUCCAUCAAUCAUAUCAGGACUUGGAAAUGGGUUCUGGGAUCUGUUGCUCUGUUUGGAGCUUGCUUCUGCUGGUCAUCUUGGUUCCUUGUUCAGUCUAAGAUACUGAAGAUUUAUCCUGCACUAUACACCAGCACUGCAGUCAUGUUCUUCCAAAGUUUUUUACAGGUUUUGGUGCUGAGCUUGAUUACACAGAGGGGGGCUUCAGUUUGGUUGUUCAGGUCCAAGAUGGAGGUUGCUACUGUGUUAUACAUGGGUCUGCUGGGUUCGGGAAUAUGCUUGUUGGCAUCAUCAUGGUGCAUUAAACAAAAAGGUCCGGUUUUUACCGCAGCUUUUAAUCCAUUGACCCAAAUUAUUGUUGGUGUCAUUGAUCUUUACAUUCUCAGUGAGCCAUUGCACCUUGGAAGUCUUUUGGGAUCUGUUCUUGUAAUUGCUGGGCUUUAUAUCCUUUUGUGGGGCAAGAACAAAGAGACUCAGGUAAUAGAAGCAAAGCAAAUUGAAGGUGUAGGAAGAACAAUUAAAGAGUCUAUUCAGGCAGUGUGACAAGUUUUAAUUUUUUACUUUCUCAUGGAAUAACUUUUUGUUGACACAUUUUUCUUGCCAAGUUGUACUUAUCGUAGAGUUGGAAAUUAAUACUUGUG